UCAAUCCGAGCCAUAUGCGAGACAGAUGAAUGUAAGACAGCUGUCAAGUAACUUUUCGUUCAUCCAAGUUGACGAAAUAGUGGAAGAUCAGUUGAAGGCUAUCCUUUUCGAAGAGUCAACACCAGAUGAACCUAACCCAUACAAGACAAUGAAACAUUUGUUUUCCCUGUGUUUGGAUGAAGACAAGAUAGAUGCCAGAGGAGUAAGUCCAGCGGUCUCUAGGCUGGAGGCUGCUGGAGGCUGGCCGGUGCUGGGAAACUGGAGGCACUUUGGCUGGAGCUUCCUGGACACCGAAAUACGACUGAGAAACCUCUCUAUCGGUGGCGGAAGUCUCUUCCAGAUAAACGUAUCCGUAGAUCUAAAGAAUGCCAGCAAACGUGUCAUCCAGGUGUGAUUUUGUGUAUAGCUUAAAAGUUAGUGAAUAGUAUAA